AUGGAGAUUGCCACCCCUGCAACUGCGAGGAGUUCUGUUGUAUCGACUUACCGUAACUGGGUGGGAACGUGGACAAUGUCGCCAGAUACUGCGUGCUAUCGAGAGGCUCACAUCAUGGACGUUUGUCCUAGUAACUACGACCGGAAUGAGCUCACAAAUACGUGUUGGACUGAAUGCCCCAUGGACUACCCUGUGGAAUGCGGCAUGGAGUGUAUCCGUCAAAACGACGACUGUGGAAUUGAGGUGGCCAGCAAAGUCUCUGCUGUUGGUAUCACAGUCCUCAGUAGUGCUACAUUUGGUGUGUUUGGUGCGCUGGAAAAGCUGGGUAAGCAUGCCUGGUGGGCUGCAGUGUGUACCACCUUGGUCAUGGUGGUGAUGCGAGGUGUCCUCCGAUACAUUCGCACGUUGAAAGCGUCAGAUCCACAGGCGUCCGAGCGCAAGUUACUCCUCUUGCUCUUUCACUCGAGCAUUGUUGUCACGGAUUUACCUCUUGCAAUUGCCGUUUGUAUGAAACUGCAUGUGUCUCCAAACCUCAUUUUAUCGCAGAAAGUGCUGACAACGGCCCAGUGGAUGCUAGCGCAAGCUCUUGCCCAUGACGACAGUAUUAUUUCGAGUUGGCAGAGAUUCCGCGCCUUCCUGAAAGGGGCUAACUUCACUGAAGCCGCCGAGAAGAUCACUGAGGGCGAAAUUGAUUCGCUAGAGACAGCAAUGAAGCAGAACUCGAGCUGUGGUGGUGAUCUCAAGUCCCUAGUUAACCGGGUGUGGCUGAUCGUGAACGAGUAUCGAGAAGAAAGUCCUGCCAUCACGGACGAUGAGAUUCGACUAAAGAUUAGUGACUCCGAUCUCGUACUGCAAGAUAUACCCAUAGUGACGAACAACUGUAUGCACCAGAUGAUCGCCGAGUCGAGUUUAGCGACGGCUUACAAGACGCGUGAGGUCUUGCGCAAGACCUUUGGAGUUAUCAUGAACGACCUCAUCAAGUCUGGGAAGAGCGACAACGGCACGUCCUACGAUGACAAGGAAAAAGCAUAUCGAGUUGUCGACUUUGCCUUCACUGCUGCCGCUGUGACGUUGCUAGAUCCUACCCGUAUUACUUUGUUCUUUUCCGAGUUCAUUCAGAAAAUUUGUGGGCCAACUCAGUUCAUGGGCGAGAUCGACGACGGCACAGAACCUGCUACGUUGGGGCUGAAUACGCUUCAAAAGGCAUUCAAAGGGACAAAAAGCUCCUGGACUAAAAAGGGUGAUGGAGCCGUCAUCAUCAGCUUUACGAGCAGAGAUACAAAGAACGUGGUAGUGAAUAUCAAGUCGGGAGGAGACAAGAUCGAUGAGGUCAAGGUCGAAGCAGGAGGAACUGGCCGGUGGAAUUCCACAGUCAAAGCGCUUGGUGGUAAGACGCUCUACCUUGAUCGCUGGCGGCCGGGAUUCCUCGGUCUUCCCGGCACUGGAGGCGGAUCACUUGUCCUGUGGGUGCCUAGAUCCUCUCAAGGAGGCCAUUUAGAACUUGAAGUAAAGAUUAACGUGAGCUAA